UUCUUCUUCUUCUUUUAGACUCUAGCUAUCGUGAAUUCCUGUACAUUGUACGAAUACUUUUCCGCGAGUAGGUUGCUUGUUCGGUUUCCCUUCCUCGCUAUUCCGUUUUAUCGAGCCCGAUCGGUUUUUCGGUAGUGUGCGACCUUUCAAGGUGAGUUGGACCCACCGGAAAACAUGCGGAAUAAAUUUAUAAUCCUUGUAUUGCAGGCAUUGCUGCUUACUUUGGCGAGUACAACACAGAAAUUAGAUAUUAGUAACAUUCAACAAAAGAACGUAAGUUUCAGCUACAUAAAGAGAUCUGACUCAACCAGUUUUAUAAAUAAUGAUACACCGAGUUUAUCAAAAAUAGAAUCAAAAUCGUUUAAAAAGCCCAUAUUUUCAAAACAUACGAGAAGCAGUCGAGAAAUCAAUUUGAAACCAAGAACAGCCCCAGAAAAUACUGUUGAAAAAAAAUUAUCAUUACGCAAAAGCACUUCUACAUCAAUUGAUUUUGCUUCUAAAAUGACUAAUGAACUUGUUGGUCCCUUAAUGAUAGCUGAGAAUACAGUAAUGACAGAAGAAACCACUAUUUCACUUGACUAUGGUAUAUCAACUACCAUAUACCCCGAAGAAUUAACUUCGGAAGAUCCAUUAAACUACGACGAUAAAAAAUGUACCAGACGAUCAAAUAACGAAUAA